AUGGAGCUCGAGGAGGGGGACGAGCUGGCCCGGCUCCGCUCCCUCUUCGUGGCCUGCGACGUGCGGGGCUCCGGGCGCAUCGAGCGGGCGGAGUUCGGCUCGCUGUGCGCCGAGCUGCGGGUGCGGCCGGCCGAGGCCGAGGCGAUCUUCCGGCGGCUCGACACGGACCGCGACGGGGCCAUUACCUUCCAGGAGUUCGCCCGGGGCUUCCGCGGGGCCGGCCAGCGGCCGCUGGAGCAGGACGAGGAGGAGGCGUGGGGCGCGGCGGGGCCGAACCAGCCCUGGCGGGAUUUCGAGCUGCGGCUCGGGAGCGAGGCCAGAUACAUCCCCAGGCAAGAGCAGGCCAGUGUUCUGUAUGCGAACAUCAGCUUAGUGGAACCAAGAUUAAUUCAGCCUUAUGAACAUGUUAUUAAGAACUUCAUCCAAGAGAUCAAACUUCAAAGCAUAGAGAUGGAAAGCUUGGCCAUAUCUGUAAAAAGAGCUCAGGAUAAAGCAGCAAUACAGCUCAGUGAAAUGGAGGAGGAGAUGGAUCAGCGGAUUCAGGCUGCAGAACACAAAGUCAAGAAGGAAGAGAAGCGGAAAGCUGAAGAGGCACUAAAUAAUCUCAAGCGUCAGUAUGAGAAUGAAGUUGGUGAACUUCAGGUGACAAUAAAAAAACUUAAAAAGCUGGAAGAACAGUCAAAGAACAUAAAUCACAGAGAAGAUUUGGCUGAAUUAAAAAAAAGAAUACACGAAUUGUCAUUGGAAAAUCAGAAACUUAAAAAAGAUCUUUUAGAAGCACAGACAAGUAUAGCUUUUCUUCAGAGUGAAUUAGAUACUUUGAAAAGUGAUUAUGCAGAUCAAAGUUUGAGCUCAGAAAGAGACCUGGAAAUGGUCCGAGAAUACACUGAAGACAGAGAGAGCCUGGAAAGACAAAUUGAAAUACUUCAAUCAGCUAACAGAAAACUACAUGACAGCAAUGAUGGUUUAAGGAGUGCACUAGAAAACAGUUUAAGCAAAUGCAACAGAUCACUGCGUCUAACAAACAUCUCCCCGGGGAAUACAAUUACUAGAAGCAGCCCCAAAUGUAAUGGUGGCCAGUCUCCUCAAAAUCCACGAUAUGACAGAUCAUCUCGUUCUUCCUAUGUGGAUGAAGAUGAGUGUUUAGCCCUUUGUGACCCUCUGCAAAGGAUAAACUGUGAUGCUGAUAGCUUGUCUGAAAGCUGCUUUGACAGUGGUUUGUCUACCUUGAGAGACUCAAAUGAAUAUGAUUCAGAAGUGGAAUGGAGACAUCCAAGAAGUUUUCAAAGGCCACACUGUAUGCAGGACAGUUCUGGUGGUGAUGCUUCUGAUACAGAUGUUCCGGAGAUCAGGGAUGAAGAGGCUUAUAGCCCUGACAACAGCAGUACAGCAGAAGACUGGAAAUCCUCCCAACCAGUCAGUCGAAGCAGCUCUAGUGCUUCAACAAGGAGGUGUCUCCCUGCCCUCUCUCCACAGACAGACACAAUAGACCGUAACCUGAAAUACCCUAAUUCAGAGAAGGCUUACAAGAUCGUUCUUGCUGGAGAUGCAGCAGUAGGGAAAUCCAGUUUCCUUAUGAGACUUUGCAAGAAUGAAUUUCGAGGAAACACCAGCGCAACUCUGGGAGUUGAUUUUCAAAUGAAAAGGCUUGUUGUUGAUGGAGAACCUACAGUGCUCCAGCUAUGGGACACAGCAGGACAGGAGAGAUUUCGAAGUAUUGCCAAGUCAUAUUUCAGAAGAGCAGAUGGCGUGUUACUGUUGUAUGAUGUGACAUGUGAAAAGAGUUUUCUUAAUGUACGAGAAUGGGUGGAUAUGAUUGAGGAUGCAACUCACGAGAAUAUUCCAAUCAUGAUUGUGGGUAACAAGGCAGAUCUUCGCCAAACAGUUUCAGAACAAGGACAAAAAUGUGUACCAAUCAACUAUGGAGAAAAAUUGGCUAUGACUUAUAAUGCACUAUUUUGUGAAACAAGUGCUAAAGAUGGAGCUAAUAUUGUAGAAGCAGUUCUUCAUCUUGCUCGUGAAGUGCGAAAAAGAAGUGACAAUGAAGACACAAGGUCCGUAACCAACCUGGCUGAGCCAACUGUCAAAAAAUCAAUGCUAAUGAAGAACUGCUGUAAUAUAUAA